AUGCAACGCGAUUUCCUCUCCCCAGGCGGCUACCUCUCCUCGCAAGGCUACUCCCUAUCACGUUUCGAGCCACUGAUCCCCCGCAUCACAUCGCUACUAUCUACAUUCCGCCGCGCAGGCUUCCCCGUCGUACACACACGGGAAGGUCAUGAUCCCUCGCUAGCAACAGUCAGCAGUAGAGAAGCACAUCGGAGUCGGGUCAACGGCGCAGAAAUAGGGAGCCAGGGUCCGUUAGGCCGCCUGCUGAUUCGCGGUGAAGAAGGGCAUGAGAUUAUUGAAGAGUUGAGGCCGACGGAGGGAGAGCUGGUUAUCGAUAAGCCCGGGCGAGGGGCGUUUGCGCAUACAGAACUUGACAUGAUGUUGAGAGCGAAGGGGGUGAAGAAUCUGGUGGUUUGUGGGGUCACGGCGGAUGCGUGUGUGAGUAGUACGGUGCGGGAGGCAAGUGACAGGGGGUUUGAUGUGCUGGUUGUGGAGGAUGGCGUGGAGAGUGUUAGUGAAGAGUUGAAGAGGUGGAGUUUGGAGAGUGUUAGGGUUGAGGGAGGGUUGUUUGGGGUGACGGGAUGCUGUAAAGAGGUGGAGGAGGCGGUGGGGAGCUGGAUACAAAAUGGGAAUGACAGUUGA